GAAACACUUCAGCGAGGAGGAACAAUCCCGCGCGGCAGCCCCGUCGGAGAAGGCCAUGUCCAAGUUCUGGAAGCCGGGCACCGAGCGCCCUCGAUCCUCUCUCAUCGACGACGAGGAGGGUGGUGUCCUCUUCGUCUCCGCUUCUGCCUCCUCUUCAGGGUUUGGCUACUCGACCUUGGAGAGGCAGCGCCAGAGGCUUCCCGUGUUCAAGUACCGCACCGCCAUUCUUUAUCUUGUAGAGAAUCAUGCCACUACUAUCAUUGUUGGAGAGACUGGCAGUGGAAAAACCACCCAAAUUCCCCAGUUUCUUAAGGAGGCAGGUUGGGCUGAGGGUGGUCGGAUUAUUGCAUGCACACAACCAAGGAGGCUAGCUGUUCAGUCUGUUUCUGCAAGGGUGGCGGAAGAGAUGGGUGUCAAACUUGGCGAAGAAGUUGGCUAUACAAUUCGUUUUGAAGAUGUUACUAACCCGGGUGUAACUAUGAUCAAAUUUCUGACAGAUGGGGUGUUGCUUAGAGAAAUGAUGGAUGACCCUCUCUUGACAAAGUAUAGUGUUAUUAUGGUCGAUGAGGCUCAUGAAAGAUCCAUUUCAACGGAUAUUUUGUUAGGUCUUUUGAAAAAGAUCCAACGUCGUAGACCAGAGCUGCGCCUGAUCAUUUCAUCUGCAACAAUUGAGGCGAGAUCUAUGUCAAAUUUUUUUCAUGAUAGGAAAAGGAAUCAAGGGGAUGCUGCUAAUGAUAGUGCACCUAAUACAGUGCCUGCUAUUCUUUCUGUUGAAGGUAAAGGAUUUACUGUGGAAAUUUAUUAUCUUGAGGAGCCUUGUUCUAGUUAUUUGCAAGCUGCUGUUGACACUGUACUGUCAAUUCAUGAUAAGGAGCCAGUAGGUGAUAUUCUGGUCUUUCUCACUGGUCAAGAUGAUAUUGAUGCUGCUGUACAGUUAAUAAAUGAAAAUGCUCAGGAUCAUAGGAGCCACUCUUCAGGUUUGCUAGUCUUGCCACUGUACUCUGGGCUCUCACGUUCAGACCAGGACCUCAUUUUUGCUCCAACUCCCAAAGGAAAGAGGAAAGUUGUGAUAUCAACGAAUAUUGCUGAAACAUCUUUGACUUUGGAUGGUGUGGUCUAUGUUGUGGACAGUGGUUUCUCAAAACAACGAUUCUACAAUCCGAUCACAGAUAUUGAAAACUUGGUGGUAGCACCAAUAUCCAAAGCUUCUGCUAGACAAAGAGCAGGGAGGGCUGGAAGAGUACGCCCAGGAAAAUGUUUUAGGCUAUAUACUGAAGAAUAUUUUAUGAAGGAAAUGUCUGCAGAAGCUAUUCCUGAGAUGCAAAGAUCAAACCUUGUUGGUUCUGUUAUCCAGUUAAAGUCUUUAGGCAUUGAUAACAUUCUAGGCUUUGACUGGCCAGCGUCUCCUCCACCAGAGUCAAUGGUGAGAGCCCUUGAGGUGUUGUACUCUCUUGGAGUUCUUGAUGAAGAUGCUAAACUCACAUCACCAACUGGCUUUCAAGUUGCUGAAAUUCCAUUGGACCCUAUGAUCUCCAAAAUGAUCUUAUCGGCAAAUACAUAUGAGUGUACUGAGGAGAUAAUUAUUAUAGCUGCAGUGUUGUCAAUGCAGUCUAUUUGGGUGUCCGCUAGGGGAGUACAGAAGGAAUUUGAUGAAGCAAAGUUACGUUUUGCUGCAGCUGAGGGAGAUCAUGUAACUUACCUGAAUGUAUAUAAAGGAUUUAUUCAAUCUGGCAAAUCUUCACAAUGGUGCUACAAGAACUACAUAAAUUAUCAUGCUAUGAAGAAAGUUGUUGACAUCAGGGAACAACUCAGCAAACUAUUGAAGCGCUUUGGCAUGAGUCUAAAGUCUUGUGAGAGAGACACACAAAAGCUAAGAAAGGCUAUUGUUGCUGGUUUCUUUGCCAAUUCUUGUCAUUUGGAGGCAUACAGUCAAAAUGGAAUGUACAAGACGAUUAGACAUUCUCAGGAAGUGUUCAUUCAUCCUUCAUCUGUGCUCUUCAGGGUUAAUCCAAAGUGGGUAAUCUAUCACUCACUUGUCUCAACUGACAAGCAUUAUAUGCGCAAUGUGAUGGCCAUUGAUCCGGACUGGCUUAUCGAAGCUGCGCCACAUUUCUAUCAACACAAAAGGCCGAAUCUUUCUGCCCCUUUCUAAAAACACAACAUGCAUCCAAGCGAGCAAAUGAAUUCAUCGUUGAAUUUUUUUGAGAUGCAUACCUGAACACGGGGACUGCAUAUUUACCUCUCAGCAAGCCGUAAUUUACAUCAGGGAAAAAUGACUACAGAUCGAAGAUCAUGUUAAGCAGAGAUGCGACGUGGAUGUUUGACGAUACUAAGACUCAUAACAGGGAAACCAUUUUGUGAAAUGUAUGACAGUUGGAAGAACAUCAAGGGCUUGAAGAAUAACAAGAGAUGAAUGAAUGAUGUUUAUCUGUGUUUGAUUUUCUCACUUAUAUGUUAAACAUUGAUUUUGACAAAAUGUAUCAUUUUGUUUAACGAGUAAUAUAUAAUUUCUAUUUUUAACGAAAAAGUUAUUAGUCAAUGUGUGUUGGGCUGGUAAGUCCUUCAGGUGAUGACAUUUAAAUG